UACAAAUUGAAUGAGGAAGUUCAUACGCAAACCUCGAAGGUGGAGAGUUUGGGAGUGGAGUAUGAAAACUUGGGUCUGCGUCGACUUGCAGCAAAGGCGCAACUGCUGGAACUGGUGGACAUGUACUCGAGUCUUGAGGGGAGGGGUGAGGAAGGUAAGAAGGAGGCUGAAGAAGUUCGUCAGCAAAUUGUGGAUAUCUCAGUCAACGCAAAUGUGAUUGCACGUUUCACCACAUUUGUUGGUGUGGAACAAGACCCUCAAUUGGAGCUAUGUUUGUGA